UAAUUUUCGGAGUAUUGAAUUAGCCAAACACGCCCCCGCUCUCAUUCAAAACACUAAAACCCUAAACCCCCUUUCUUGUGAAACCCUCUGCCUCUCUUCGCUUGACCUUCCUUCUCACUCACUACUCAGACAACUAUGGCGGAGAUUAAGCUCUCAGAGAUGCGGGACCUGACCCGAAUUGAACGAAUUGGGGCCCAUUCUCACAUCCGGGGUCUCGGGCUCGACUCUGCACUUGAAGCCCGCUCCUCCUCCGAGGGUAUGGUGGGCCAGACCUCCGCCCGCAAGGCCGCCGGCGUCAUCGUCAAAAUGGUACAAGAAGGCAAAAUCGCCGGCCGCGCCGUCCUAUUAGCAGGCCAGCCCGGCACAGGAAAAACCGCCAUCGCCAUGGGCAUGGCCAAAUCCAUCGGCCAAGAAACCCCAUUUGCAAUGCUCGCCGGCAGCGAAUUGUUCUCCCUCGAGAUGUCGAAAACCGAAGCCCUAAUGCAGGCGUUCAGGAAAGCAAUUGGGGUUAGAAUUAAGGAGGAGACGGAAGUUAUUGAAGGCGAGGUUGUGGAGGUUCAAAUCGACAGGCCGGCUGUCGCAGGGGCGGCGUCCAAGACGGGGAAAUUGACAUUGAAGACCACAGAGAUGGAGACCGUGUACGAUUUGGGUGGGAAGAUGAUUGAGGCUUUGGGGAAGGAGAAAGUGCAGAGUGGAGAUGUGAUUGCCAUUGAUAAGGCUUCUGGAAAAAUCACGAAGCUAGGAAGGUCUUUCUCGAGGUCUAGGGAUUACGAUGCGAUGGGCCCACAGACGAAGUUCGUGCAGUGCCCGGAUGGCGAGCUGCAGAAGAGGAAAGAAGUCGUGCAUUGUGUUACUCUUCAUGAGAUUGAUGUUAUCAACAGCAGGACACAGGGUUUCCUAGCUCUGUUCACCGGUGACACAGGCGAAAUUCGAGCCGAAGUUCGAGAACAAAUCGACACAAAGGUGGCAGAGUGGAGGGAAGAAGGAAAAGCUGAAAUUGUCCCUGGUGUCCUUUUCAUAGACGAAGUCCACAUGCUCGAUAUCGAGUGCUUCUCUUUCCUCAACCGCGCCUUGGAGAAUGACAUGGCGCCCAUACUAGUCGUCGCAACAAACAGAGGGAUCACCUCAAUCAGGGGGACCAAUUACAAGUCGCCACACGGCAUCCCGAUUGACUUCCUCGACCGCCUCCUCAUCAUCUCCACGCAGCCCUACACACCGGAGGACAUCCGGAAGAUUCUAGACAUUAGAUGCCAAGAGGAAGACGUGGAGAUGUCUGAAGAUGCAAAGGUAUUGCUGACAAAGAUUGGAGAAGACACUUCUUUGAGGUAUGCGAUAAAUCUUAUUACAGCAUCUGCUUUGGCCUGCCUUAAACGGAAGGGUAGGGUUGUGGAGAUGGAAGACAUUAGCAGGGUUUACGAGCUUUUUUACGAUGUGAAGAGGUCCACGCAGUACUUGAUGGAGUAUCAGAGCCAGUAUAUGUUCAGUGAGGUGCCAGCUGGAGAGGGUGAUGAAGAUGAAACCAAUGCCAUGGUUUCUUAAGGGGACUGUUUGCUUGCACUCGAUAUUCGUCUCGUCUUGAUUGAAUUGUUCAUAAUGCGGUUGGUUGUGUUUUGCGUGUUUUUAGAUGUCGGCCGACGAAUGUUGUGUAGCAAAUUUAUCUUCUAGUGGUUUUUGUAGCAGAAUUUGAAGGCUUUUCUGAAAACUUGGUAGCUCCAUUUAUAGUACUUGAUUCAUCUGAUUUUUAUGUAAUGUCUGAUAAAUAUGCCU